GCAAAGACAAGCAGGCAGGUAUAUAUCAACUUCUAUGUAAAGUUUUGGCAGUCAGGAAUCUUAAUCUGGAUGAUACAUUACAAUAGGAUAUUAAACGUCUUCAUCAUCUUCAUCUUCAUCACCAUCAAGCACAAAACGUACCAAGCAAAUACCAGUAGGGCGACAAAGUGAUGGUGUUAUAUUCAAGUAUUCUUCUCCAAGCUGCUAUUAUCAGUCGCCUUCGUCGUCCUCUCCACAACUUAUCAUCUAUCAUCUAUUUAAAAUUCCUUUCUAAUUAUUCCAUCUAUUUCAUUUCAAUUUACCAGCCUUCCGUCGCCGCCGCCGCCGUCAAUUUCACGUCCGGAUGCUAUCUUCUCUUCUCCGACCUCGUCGAUCAUGAAGGAGAUGAGAUGGAUCAAGAUAGUCGUUUUUAUGACUUUCUUCAUUUUAGCUGCCGGCAGAGCUUCUAAACUCAACUGUCCAAAACUCAAGAUCAAGCAACCGGAUCACUCCGAUGUCUACAACCACACUCUUGCGACAAUAAUAGCUGAAUAUGCGUCUGCAGUUUACCUCACAGACUUAACAGCACUAUUUACAUGGACAUGUUCGAGAUGCAAUGGCUUGACCAAGGGGUUUGAAGUUAUUGAGUUGAUCGUUGAUGUUAAGCAUUGCUUACAGGCAUAUGUAGGAUUUGCAAAGAAUUUGAAUGCUGCUGUUGUAGCUUUUAGAGGAACUCAGUGGAAUAGCGUACAGAAUUGGGUUCAAGAUCUAUACUGGACGCAGCUCGACUUACCUUACCCUGACAUGUCUAGUGCAAUGGUGCACCAUGGGUUUUAUUUCGCUUAUCACAAUACAACUGUACGCCCUGCGGUUAUAAAUGCCAUCAAAAGAGCAAAGGAGCUAUAUGGGAACAUUGAUGUUGUGGUUGCAGGCCAUUCAAUGGGAGGAGCCAUGGCUGCCUUUUGCGCACUGGAUCUUACGAUCAGCGGAGUAGCUACAGAUAUUCAAGUGAUGACAUUUGGACAACCUAGAAUAGGAAACUCUGCGUUUGUAGCUCACUAUAGCCAACGUGUGCCAAGAACAAUAAGGGUCACACAUGAACAUGAUAUUGUGCCUCAUUUACCUCCAUAUUAUCACUAUUUUUCUCAAAAGACGUAUCAUCACUUUCCAAGAGAGGUAUGGAUUCAUUCAAUCGAUGAUGGUUGCUUAAUUUACACACUUGAGGAGCUAUGUGAUACUUCGGGUGAAGACCCUUCUUGUAGCAAAUCUGUGCUAGGACACAGCAUUUCAGACCAUUUGAGAUAUUAUGGGCUGGAUAUGGGAUGUUAUGAUCUACGGACUUGCAAGAUCGUGGUUGAUCCUGGUCUGGAUGCAUUCAGCACGCGAGAUAGUGAUGGAAAUUUGAUAUUCUCAAGGGAUCCUAUUAUUCCUUUUUCAAAAUUUGAAUCCAAUAUUGGCGGUUUAAGUGACUUGAGAUAGAUUUGAAUUCCAAUGGUUUUUAAGUUAUACACAAUUCUUUGUCUUGUAACCAAAGAUGAAUAAGUGAGAUCUAGAUUCGUUGAGCAGAUCAUCAUGGCUUAGCAGUCUUAGGAUUCCAAAUAUAUAUAACAUGUAUUUGAAUGUACAUAAUAUUCAUAUAUUCAUUUGUGUAAAGUACAUUUAUCUAAUUAAAUUAA